GCCAAACCCGGCCGAAGCACUCACCUUGUUUCUGCACCAGCGGCGCAGCGACAGCACUGGACUGUUUCAUCAUCCUCCUCCUCCUCCUCCUCCUCGCCACAGGCCCAACAUGGGAUGUUGCAGCCGGAGGUCCUCGAAGAUACAAUUCCCGCCACGGCCGACACGAGCUCUCAGUCAAUAGUACCAGAUCAGCAUGACUUCCAGUACACCCUUGCCGACAGCGGAGACACAGUCGACAGCAGAGACGUGCUGAACCUGCACUGCCUGUGCCGGCGCGUCUCGCUCGUCAUGACGCGGCCAGACGCAUCGAGCACGCUGCCCUGGUCGCCGCACUCGGACUGCGUGUAUCCGUACCACUCCACCUCGCGAGAUUUUCUGCAGAACAGGUCAGACGAGAAGUGGUGGAUCCGUCCCUCUCUCGCCGAGGAGGAGGAGGACGAGAUGGCAGCCAAAACAACUAAGGGGGGUGGCAGUUCCGACUUAUCGACGACUGACGGGAGCAAGAAGAGAUACCUCGCGGGAACAUGCACAUGCCGCUCCUGCCGGCUGGGCUGCGGCUUCGAGAUCCAGACGUGGGCAUUCGUGCCGCGGAGCAACAUCUUCGUAGUCGCUCGACAGAGAGGACGCGGAGAUCACGACCGCAGGAUCCUAUUCCCGCUAGACUUCUCCAGCCUGCCCGGCGGCGGCGAAGACAUGCAGCGCGGCAGGCAAGGCGGCGGCCAGGAGAACAACGAGAACCGCAACGAGAGCGUCCUCCAGCAAGCAGCGAACCCGACGACAGCAGUGCUGAAGACCUAUAACUCCCAGGCAGGCGUCUUCCGCGAGUUCUGCCCGACCUGCGGGGCCACCGUGUUCUGGCACAACGAGGAGCGGCCGGACGUCAUCGACGUCAGCGCCGGGCUUGCCGACCUCUGUCUGCCUCCUCCCAAAGGGCUUUCAGUCGGUGAUGAGAAUCACUCUGGCUCUGCUUCUGCCGCUGCGAGGGCAGAGGACUGGCUCGACUGGUGGACGGAGCGAGUCAGCUUCUUUGAGCAUGCAGCCGCCGGCCGGACCGGGACCGGCGCUACUCUGGGGGCAAAGAUUGCCGCAGACCUUCAAGAUGGGCUAGGGGCGUGGGGCAGGGAGAGAAGAGGAGAGUCAGUAUGAACGGGCGAUGGUUUCGGGACGAACACUUCGCGCGGAUGGCUGCCGGCUUUUUGGGCUGACAUUACACGCUGUCGGUAAUCAGCAAUGGUGUCUGCGCACCUGACGGCGACACAUGCACAAAGCCUGAAGAAACAGCCAAGCAUGGGGAGAGUGCAUGCAAAUGAUCAAUCGAUGAAACAGUUCUCUUUACUAUAUAGGAAAUUUAUAGCUGAGAAGCUAACAGGCGUUUCGUUCAAAUGUUUCCGGACGCCACGGUCUUUAUGCCCCUUUCUCUUUUGUCUCUUCCGUGGCCCUCAUUAUCGGUAGUAUUACACAGACCUGCUUGAUGGCUAGACCGCAGAAGGUUUGGCCGUCGGUGAGUGCGCAGGGCAUCGGGGCGAGAAGGCCGCCGCGUACGCGGAUCCCGCGUUCAAGGUGUUUUUGGCUAAUUUCCGUGGGGCUUGGUGGAAAGGGAGAUGGAGAUGGGAGAUGGAGCAGCAGGACAA